GGAGGGCACGAAGCUAUGUUACGCACUUGGUUCAGAAUGAACGUCUCGACACCCUGUUGUCUCUUCGAUUCCCCUCUCUUUGCUUCUUCUUUUUGUUCUUUAUCAUCAUCUUUUUCGUCAAUUCCAUCUUCUUCUCCGUCGAAGCAAUUCAGCCGUCUCGCUAUGGUGACAUCUGUUCGAGUCGCAGUCGUUGGAGAUGUUCAUGAUGAUUGGAACCUUCAAGAAGAUGAAAAGGCACUUCAAUUUUUGAAGCCAGAUUUGGUGCUAUUCACAGGUGAUUUUGGUAAUGAAAAUGUAGAACUUGUAAGAAGCAUUGCAGAACUUAAAAUUGCAAAGGCAGUUAUUUUGGGAAACCAUGAUGCGUGGAAUACUCAACAGUUUUCAGAGAAGACGAUGGAUCGUGUCCAGCUUCAGCUGGAAUGUCUCAGUGGGGAGCAUGUAGGUUAUCGCCGUCUUGACUUUCCUAUGAUAAAACUGAGUGUUGUGGGUGGGCGCCCAUUCUCUUGUGGAGGUGAUAGAUUGUUCCGAAAAACGCUUUUGUCUGCAAGAUAUGGAGUUAAUGACAUGGACACAAGUGCAAAAAAAAUUUAUAGAGCUGCCUCGGGAACACCAGAGGGCCAUGCCAUAAUAUUACUUGCACACAAUGGACCUACAGGUCUAGGCUCUAAGAUGAAUGACAUCUGUGGAGCAGAUUGGGUAUUUGUAGGUGGCGACCAUGGGGAUCCUGAUCUUGCACAAGCGAUAUCUGAGUUGAAAGAAACUACCCAAUUCUCCAUUCCUUUGGUUGUGUUCGGCCAUAUGCAUAAAGAGCUGGCAUAUCAAAAUGGUCUUAGAAAGAUCAUUGUGGUUGGGGCUGACAACAUUAUUUACCUUAACGGAGCUAUUGUACCAAGGGUGAAAAGAUUGAUUGGUGAACAAGGACACAGUAGCAACUCCAUGACAGAUGAUAUGUCUCUUUGUGCACCUGAUUCCAAAGGAACAGCGCGGGCCUUCACUUUAGUUGAUAUAUUGGAUGGGAAGUUGGAGAAGAUAGCUGAGACUUGGGUUUCGGUCAUUGGAGAUGAGACUGCUGUAGAAGAGGAGCAUGUACUUUUUAAUAGUGGUACUUAGGCUCCCAAAUCCAAUUUUUAGACAUAUCAUACAUAUACUUUGUUUCUUCGUUGUCAAUUCUCUUGUAAAUUACUGUAAUUAUGAUAUUGAAGAAAGUCACACUGA